GAAGGAAUAGAAAAAAAGGGGAAGAAUCUCUCCCUUCUCUGAGUUUUUUCCCGAGAAAACGAAAGACAGUAACUCCUCUUUUCCUCGGCGGAAAAUUCUCCCAGAUCAAUUCGCGUCACCUGCGUCUUCCUCCCCCCGGCGAUUCGAAGCUGACAAUUUCGAGGAAAACGGACGGACGAAGGAGGAGCAAAAGGGAAGCGAAAGUCGCGGCUCCAUCGGCGAAGCUCCAGUUCCUCUUCCGAUCGGCUCGCGGGCUCCUAUCCUCGGCCGUGGAGGAAUCGCCAGACAUGAGGGAAUGAUUGCGACCAGCAAAUAGUGCGGUUCUAACCAUUUAUCGAGUUAUUGAGUUUUCGCAGCGUCGUUUUAUGAUUGGAUUUGAAAAAUGAAUGCAAAACCUAAGAGGAGGACCGCUACAGAGAAUGGAGAUGCGGGGGAGGACCUGGUCCUCGCGACUUUGAUUAGUAAUGGUGAGGAUUUGGGUCCCCUUGUGCGGCAUGCCUUUGAAAUGGGACGCCCCGAAUCGCUCCUGCAGCAGCUCAAGCAUGUUAUGAAGAAGAAAGAAGUGGAGAUUGAGGAGCUUUGUAAGACGCAUUAUGAGGAAUUUAUUCAAGCUGUUGAUGAGCUCCGUGGCGUGCUUGUUGAUGCUGAAGAACUCAAAAGCGAGCUCUCCAGUGACAAUUUUAAGCUGCAGGAGGUUGGGAGUGCUCUUUUGAUCAAAGUCGAAGAACUUCUCGAGUCUUAUUCAAUAAAAAAGAACGUUGCAGAAGCUAUAAAGAUGUGUAAGAACUGUGUGCAGGUCUUGGAUCUUUGUGCAAAGUUCAAUGGUCACUUUUCCAAGGGGCAGUUUUAUCCUGCAUUAAAAACUGUCGAUAUUAUUGAGAGGAAUUACUUGCAAAAUAUCCCUGUCAAAGCUCUUAAAAUGGUUGUUGAGAAGAGAAUACCGCUUAUCAAAUUGCAUAUCGAGAAGAGACUAAGCAGCCAGUUCAACGAAUGGCUCGUACAGAUAAGAAGCUCUGCCAGAAAUAUUGGGCAAACGGCGAUAGGACAUGCUGCAUCAGCCCGCCAACGGGAUGAGGAAAUGCUGGAACGUCAAAGAAAGGCUGAAGAACAGAGCUUUUCUGGGAUAGGAGAUUUUGCUUAUUCUCUUGAUGUUGAAGAACUAGACGAGGAAUUUGUGUUAAAGUUUGAUCUUACCCCUCUUUAUCGAGCAUAUCACAUCCAUACUUGUCUGGGAACCCGGGAGCAGUUUUGUGAAUACUACUAUAAGAAUCGACUAUUGCAGCUUAAUUCAGACUUGCAGGUAUCGUCUGCACAGCCAUUCGUCGAAUCUUAUCAAUCAUUUUUUGCUCAAAUUGCGGGUCAUUUUAUUGUAGAGGACCGUGUCCUGAGAACUAGUGGUGGGCUCUUAAUUGCUGAUCAGAUCGAGACAAUGUGGGAGACUGCUGUUGCCAAAAUGACCUCAGUACUGGAUGAUCAAUUCUCACAUAUGGAUUCUGCCACCCAUCUCCUCCUCGUGAAGGAUUAUGUUACUCUGUUUGGGGCAACUCUUAGACAGUACGGUUAUGAAGUCGGGUCUCUUUUUGAGGCUAUGGACAAUAGCCGAGACAAGUACCAUGAGCUUCUUUUGGAAGAGUGCAGACAACAGAUUAUAGGUGUUCUUGGCAAUGACACUUAUGAGCAGAUGGUGAUAAAAAAAGAUGCUGAUUAUGAAAAUAAUGUCCUCUCUUUUCAUCUUCAAACGUCUGAUAUCAUGCCAGCGUUUCCAUAUAUUGCACCAUUUUCGGCAAUGGUACCUGAUGCUUGCCGCGUUGUCAGAUCAUUCAUCAAGGGUUCAGUUGAUUAUUUGUCCUAUGGAGUGCAUGUAAAUUCUUAUGACCUCGUGAAGAAGUACUUGGACAAAUUCUUGAUUGAUGUGUUGAAUGAAGCUUUACUCCAUACAAUUCAGAGCAGCAAUAUAGGUGUAUCUCAAGCCAUGCAAAUUGCUGCAAACAUUGCUUUUCUUGAGAGAGCCUCUGAUUUUUUCGUUCGACAUGCUGCCCAACUUUGUGGGAUCCCAAUCCGAUCGGUUGAAAGGCCUCAAGCUAGUUUGACAGCUAAGGUGGUUCUGAAAACCUCAAGAGAUGCAGCUUAUAUUGCUUUGCUGAAUUUGGUUAACUCCAAGUUGGAUGAGUUUAUGGCACUUACAGAACAUAUUAAUUGGACAACGGAGGAGAUAGCCGAAAAUGGCAAUGAAUACAUAAAUGAGGUGCUUAUUUACCUUGAGACUCUUUUGUCCACAGCACAGCAAAUUUUGCCCUUGGAUGCUUUGUGCAAAGUGGGAAACGGGGCUCUUGAGCACAUCUCUAACUCUAUAGUGUCAGCGUUUCUCAGUGAUAGUGUGAAGAGAUUCAAUGCAAAUGCUGUCAUGGGGAUCAACAAUGACUUGAAGAUGUUGGAGUCAUUUGCAGAUGAGAGAUUUCACAGCACAGGCUUGAGUGAAAUAUACAAGGAUGGUAGCUUUAGAGCGUGCUUGUUGGAAGCGAGGCAAUUGAUAAAUCUUCUACUGAGCAGUCAACCAGAGAAUUUCAUGAAUCCAGUGAUCCGAGAAAAGAAUUACGGUGCACUGGAUUAUAAAAAGGUCGCUACUAUCUGUGAGAAAUUCAAGGAUUCCCCAGAUAGCAUAUUUGGGAGCCUCUCAAACAGAACUACAAAACAAAAUGCUCGAAAAAAAUCCAUGGAUGUGCUGAAGAAGAGACUGAAGGACUUCAACUGAGACUGCCUGAAGCUUUCUUCGUUAGAUUUAGAAAUUCUGAAGCUUUUUAAGUUUUUCUAAAUUUCUCCCUCUAAAAAUGUUUAGGGUGGUAUGGAUUCUUUUAAUUUCCAUGACAAUUUAUUAUGAUAAUCUCUAAUCUUGCAUUUUCAUGUA